CCAAGAUGUGUGACAUGGGGGGACUGGAUAACCUGGUGGCCAACACGGCCUACCUAAAAGCUCAGGGUGGUGAUGACAAGGAGAUGAAAAAGCGCCGUCGCAGCUUGUCUCUCCCCAAGCCUGAGCAAUGCACUUCGAUGCGAGCUUCCCUUGACAAGGACUUUACAUCAAUUUGUGAAAGGCAGCCCAUUGGCAAAAAGUUUUUCCGUGACUUCCUUGCAACGAAGCCUGAAUAUAAGCUUGCUGCUGAUUUCCUGGAUGAGCUGUAUGACUGGGAUCUGGCUGAAGGUGCAGCAAAAGACAAGGCACGCCAAAACAUCCUCAACAAGUACUGCAAGGCUGACUCCAAGAACUUCCUGUCCUUUCUCACUGGUGAGGCCGCUGACAAGUGCAAGGCUGUGACAGAUGCCACCUUUUCAGAAGUGAUGAAAAGCAAAGUCCUGGAAGGUGUAAGAGAAUAUCUAAAAGGCAAACCCUUCACAGAGUACCAGACCAGCCCGUUCUUUGAUAAAUUCCUCCAGUGGAAAGAGUACGAAAAACAGCCCGUCAGUGAUAAAUACUUCUAUGAGUUCAGAACUCUGGGCAAAGGAGGCUUCGGAGAGGUAUGCGCUGUUCAGGUGAAGAACACAGGCCAGAUGUAUGCCUGCAAGAAGUUGUGUAAAAAGCGACUGAAGAAGAAGGGCGGUGAGAAGAUGGCCCUGUUGGAGAAGAAGAUCCUGGAGAAGGUCAACAGCCUGUUCCUGGUCAACUUGGCCUACGCUUAUGACACCAAGACCCACCUGUGCCUUGUCAUGACCCUGAUGAACGGAGGAGACCUCAAGUACCACAUUUACAACAUAGGCUAUGACGGAAAGGGUGGAGACAAGGGCAUUGAGAUGAAGCGCAUCAUCCACUACACGGCGCAGAUCACCACUGGCAUUCUGCAUCUGCACGACAUGAAUAUCAUAUACCGCGACAUGAAGCCAGAGAACGUGUUGCUGGAUAGCCAAGGCCAGUGCCGACUUUCAGAUCUGGGUCUGGCCAUAGAGCUUGCUCCGGAGAAGACUGUCACGCAGAUGGCUGGUACUGGAGCAUACAUGGCCCCCGAGAUCCUGAGCAAAACUCCAUACAGGACAUCGGUGGACUGGUGGGCCCUGGGCUGCAGUAUCUACGAGAUGGUGGCCGGCUACACGCCCUUCAAAGGCCCCGAGAGCAAGAAGGAGAAGGUGGAGAAGGAGGAGGUGCAGCGCCGCAUUCUCAGCGAGGAGCCCAAGUGGGAGCACAGGUGCUUCGAUGCGGUCACCAAGGACAUCAUCCAGCAGUUCCUCAAGAAGAAAAUCGAGGAGCGCCUGGGCAUGAAGAACAACAUGGAGGACCCCAGGAAGCACGACUGGUUCAAGUCCAUCAACUUCCCCCGUCUGGAGGCCGGGCUGGUGGACCCUCCUUGGGUGCCCAAGCCCAACGUCGUCUACGCCAAGGAUACCGGCGACAUCGCCGAAUUCUCCGAGAUCAAGGGAAUCGAGUUUGACGCCAAGGACGACAAAUUCUUCAAGGAGUUUAGCACGGGCGCCGUGGCCAUUCCGUGGCAGCAGGAGAUGGUCGAGACAGGACUGUUUGACGAGCUCAACGACCCCAACAGGAAAGAGGGCGGAGGAGAUCCCGAUGACGAGAAGAAGUCCGGCACAUGUAUAUUGCUGUGAGAAGCCACGCGUUUGAUGUCAUACACCAGUAAUAACACUCGAUAAUUUGUUUGUUUUCUCAGUCAGGUGCACAUUAACGUUGAUGUAAAAGGUGUUUCACGAAAGAGGCGAGCAUGAGCGUCUGCCCUGAGAAAGAUGUACCGUCCCUCUCGUGUAAGGAUGCUCAUGGUUAAGAGAUCUGCUGCUUUCGAGGCGAGGCUCAGUCAAACACGGAGGGUGUGAUGAUAUAUUUUGGGCACCGUCUCUGCGGUUCACAGCUUUUCUUGCAAAUAUACGUAUCUAAUGAUGUAGACGUGCAACCACGUUGAACAUAAAUGACUGCUAGGAGUCAUUUUUACAGACUUUUCAUUAAGGAUACUAGUGUUAGAUGACUAAGUUAAAGGCCUUUGUGCCAGAAACACUAUUUUACUUCAUGAAGAAAAUGUCUAAAUCCAAAGUAUGUAAGAAAUGAAUUUUCUAACAGUGUUUGCAGUAGAAUUACCUGCUGAAACAAUGCCAACAAAGCUAAUUGGAACAAACAUCCUCUAGACCUUGAACCUGCUCGGUUUGAGUUUCUUCUAGAGGACCGUUCAAACGUUAUUGAUGCCAUUGUAAGGUCGCACUGCUUCUGCAAUGGAGAGUGCUUUUCAUGCACAUGUGGCAGUGAUAGUUCUAGUGCUUACCUCAUGUUACAUGCUGUGAUCCCAAACCUUAUCAUUGAGGCUGAUCACCGCAUUUACAUCCUACAUAUUUUAGUUUUCUCUAAAGAAUAAAAGACAAUUGUUGCAAUUGUAUUUAUUGUAUAUAAAUAAACUAUCUAUAUCUAUGCACAGAGAGAGCGAGAGAGGCAGAGAUGUAAGAAAUGUAGAAAUUAUUUGAAAGGAAAAUGAAGAAUACUGAACAACUUUUCGCUGAGUCCCUCUACUGUUGGUGCUAUGAGGCUCAACUUAGUGACAAAUGGAGAGUGUGUACCCCCAGGAUGCUGGGAGAGAGAGGGGUGCAGGAGCGGCAGCUCGUUGCUGCAUGUGAAGGAGGAGAAUGUAGAGGAGUUGGGCGAUAAUUUCCUGCAGCAGGAAUGUGCAGGGCGCCCUGUCUACGGUCCUGAAACACUGUGAUACUUCAGGGCUCUUUUUUUAGUUUGAGAUGAGUGAGAAUAACUCAAACUAGCCAGAUCCUGAAAAAGCCGAGUAUAGAGACUUGGGUUAGUUCAAAAGAAAAUCCUUGUUAUUCUUGUUUACUUGUCUCAGGGUAAUCAUUUCCAGAUGUUGGGCAGAGUUGAGUUUUUACAGUUAAUGUUAAUAUGAUAUAAAUAUAUAUGAUACAUGUACA